AUGCAGGAUCCGGCGGGUGGACUCCCGGGCCAGUUGGUGCCACAUAUGCACUUGGUCUCAAGAAACAGAUAUCCAGCAAUGACAGCCUUGCCGACCGAAACUGUCCUUGACUAUCUGUUGGCUGCACCCAAGGUCGUGCGCGAUAUGUACCCUAUGGCAUGGACCUUUCUGGAUGGACCCCAAGAUGGAACUACAUUACUUACAUGGCAGCCCCUUGCCAAUUUGGGGACUACUUUUGCUAGUGAUGGAUAUGUUUGGGCCGAUGCAGAACAAGCUUUCACUUUCGAAACCCGUGGCUACACGAUAGAAAUGUGGGUUCAGCGAAGUGGCUAUCAUCCUCCCCAGGAAACCGUUGCCAGCCACUCACGCCGUCGUUAUCGUCUCGUCCCUUCUAAGGUCCCUUCGAAUGCGCCAAGUCCCGAUCCUUCGCUAUGGAUCGUCCAUUACGCGCGUGCCUCUCAGAACGAUAUGAUUCCAGCUCAACGUAUCCCGAUCACCCCCCAAGUGCAGACGACGCUUGCCCAGCGACGAUUUUUGCAGACCCAGGGCCAGCUAGUUCGCAAGGAGUUCAUGUUGCACGAUCGCAACAGCUGGCCCACAAUCACUUUCCCAGCACAGAUGGGCGCACAGGGAUUCGCGCAGCCACAAGCCUAUUAUGCAAAUGCUGGCCGCCAACCACCGCCGGGUGCUUAUUAUCCUCCUCCACAACCUGGUAUGCCUGCCGGACAGGUACCGGUAAAAGCCCCUCGCGGUCACCGUACGUCUGCAGGCUCAGUUGCUGGUGCGGCAGCGGAAUUCUCGAUGGAAGAUGAAGACGCUUCUACGGGCGAUAUACUUGACGUGAUCACUCCGCGAGAGAUAAGCAAGAUGCGUUACCAGCAGCAUCAUGAAUGGAUAGAGGAAGUUUUUGCUUCACCUUAUACUAUCAAACAAAUUACACCUGUUGAUCUUGGACUUGGCCGCAAAGGAGAACUCGAAUCGUUGACGAGUGGUUUUUUUGAGGCUCCUGUGACUUCCACUCACCCUAAAGAUGGCCCCAACACCGCUUUAAAGGAGGGUAAAAUGGAGCCGGAGAAAGCAGAAGAGUUCGCCGAUCGCGUCGCUAAGAAAGUCUCUGAUAUGACAGCUGAAAUUGAGAAAUUGAAACGACGCCAUGAACGAAGGAUGCAGAAGAUCGGCCGAGUGUCAGUAUUGAAGGACGCUGAACAACGUCUUCGUGAGGCCGGGGCCAAUCCUUCCGAGACUGGACGAGAAGUCUGGAGAUUAGAAGGCCGUAUCGAUACCUCCACCGAGGAGGAGGUUCCUACUGAAAGCCCUCUCGAGGAUAUCUCAGUUCGAGUGCCACAGUAUCGAGUAGAUGAGGUGGUCAAAGAUUUGGAAAAGGCCUACGGUAAAACGAUCGUUCCCGAUCCGAGCAUUACUUGUGUGGAAAAGGGUGGUCUGUUGGAACGCAUCGAAGCUUCGCCAGCACCUGAAGAUAUUACUGGUGCGGAUACGGAUAUGUUGAUGGAAACCAGUAUUCUAGAUCAAUUUGUUGCAUCGUCUACGUCUCCACCCGGUCAAGGAAGUCAACAGGCGGCGGUCUCUACAGCAGUCCCCGCUACACAACCUACAGGAGAUGGUGACGUUGAGAUGGGAGGCGCAACGAAUGCAUUGACACAAUCAGGUACUGCUGCCGGCGAAACUGGAGAUUGGGUAGUGGUAGAGAACGAGAAUAGCGGGAACGUCCCAUCAGUUACCGCCGACAAGCCUAUCACAAACAAUGCACCCACCGGUGGUGAAACUUCAGGUGUGGAAACGAGUAAUUUCGAUGAUGCCGCCAACUUCACAAACCUGGAUUCAGCGGGCGAUGCGCUCGCCGCGUAUGAUGAUCAGCACGACGGGUUAGACCUUCCGGAUCUCGAAAAUUCGGCUUUUGGAGACGCUUUCCACGCAUCGGAUCAUGAGAUGGGACAUCAUCCAGAUGAUGACGAGAUGUCAUAG